ACUUUUACGUCUACGCAACAACAACCCGGAAGUUAUUGCCACACUGGUCGCAGUGUGUUCCGCUGAAGAGAAGCAGCAAAGCUUCCUAAAUUGUUUUCAGAUCUAUUUCAGUUAGAUACAAUUUUGACUAUAUGUUACUUGUUUGAGGGGUUGAUCAGCACAUGCAUUGGUGCUAUUUUGGGAUUUUUAUUAGCUAACCUAUCUUAAAAAUAUUGACUUUUGCGCGUUCCUCUCCAUUGGAAAUGUCUGCGGAGGAGGCGGACAAAACCACGACUGAUGCUAGCGCGGGUGACGAGGAAGAAGAAUGGCUAUAUGGAGAUGAGAGUGAAAAUAAAGACAAUGAAGAGGAAGAAGCCAAAUUGACAGCAGCUGUAAGUGCUGCUCCACCUGCCCCUGUCACAGAGGAAGCCACAGGCAAUGGAGUGACCAGUCAGAAAGAAACACCUGCUGAAGAUGAGGACAGUGACAGUGACAGUGAUGAUGAUGACGAUGACGUCCGAGUCACCAUUGGUGACAUUAAGACUGGACCUCCACAGUACACGACCUAUGGAGCCACACCAGUUAACCUAAACAUAAAGACGGCGGGUAGCAGACCCUAUGGGGCAGCCUCUGCCAAGCUGAAGGGGGUGGACCUGGAUGCCCCUGGCAACAUCAAUGGCGUCCCGGUACUGGAGGUUGAUAUGGAGUCCUUUGAGGAGAAACCCUGGAGAAAACCAGGUGCUGACCUUUCUGACUACUUUAACUAUGGCUUCAACGAGGAUACUUGGAAAGCCUAUUGUGAGAAACAGAAGAGACUUCGUAUGGGAUUGGAUGUUAUGAACAUUUCCUCAACGACCAGCAAAAUCACAGUGCAGCAGGGACGAACAGGAAACACUGAAAAGGAAGUGGUGAACCUCACUCCCCACACCAUCAAGCCAGAUUUCAAUUCCCCAACAAACAUAUACAACAAACCUGGAAUAAACCCAACCAGGAUAUCCCCUCCCCAGUGGACAGGCCCUGCCAAUCAGGACAUGUCCUAUUAUACGAAAACAAGUGGCACAAUUGAUGUCAUUGGGGGAGGGACUGCAACCAUUAGUCGGGUUGAGGGACGACGACGCCACAAUCAAGAAGGGAACAAUAUCCAGGUCAUCUCGGAACACUCCUCCUCGGACGCUGAGCCAACACCGGCCAAGAUGCCCCCCUUCUUCCCACCAGGCCCCCUUCCUCCCAACAUCCCGCCUCCCCCGUUCCUGCCCCCUCCGCCCAACGUCAGCACCGCCCCUCCACUCAUCCCGCCGCCCAGAAUUCCCAUCACUGUUCCUCCUCCUGGUUUCCCUCCUCCGCCUGGUGGCCCUCCUCCAUCCCUCAUGCCCACAAUGGACAAUGUAGGGAAUUUGGCUGCCAUGUUUAGGCUGCUACGUUACAGAGCCGGUGGCAAAGAGAACAGGAUUCUCAUCCAGGCAGCAAUGGACAGCAGUUUUCUAAGCAGUGGGCAUCCUGGUGGUUACGAUGGACGUUCGGUCCCUCCUUACCCUUUCCCUGGAGGUGGCUAUCCGCCUCCCAUGCCUGGAGCAGUUGCUCAAUGGCCCACCAUGAUGGACAACUCCAAACAGUGGGACUACUACCCCCGGCGCGAGAAGGAGCGUGAAAAGGAGAGGGAACGUGAGCGGCCGAGAGAGAGAGCCCACGAAAGGGAGAGGGAGCGGGAGCGAGAACACAGCCCUUCAGCCAUGGGUUACAACAGGUGCACUGAAAGCGCCGUCGGUCACAUGGAGAGUAGCAAUGACGAAGAACGGUAUCGGUACCGUGAAUACCCUGAGCGUGCCUACGAGCGACACCGCGAACGAGCCAGCCGAGAGAAAGAGGAGCGACACAGAGAGAGGAGGCACCGAGACAAAGAAGAGAGGGCACAUAAGUCCUCCAGGAGUAGCAGGAGGCGGCACGACAGUGAGGAAGGGGACAGCCACCGCCGGCACAAGCACAAGAAGUCCAAGCGCAGCAAAGAGGGCAAGGAGCCCAGCGAGGAGCGAGCUGGAGACCAGGAGAACCAGGAGGCCAUGGAAUAAACGAGCACCUGUGCCCUUUCAGUCAGCCCCCCCCCCCCCCAUCUCAUUCAUUUGCCCUUCGCCCCCUUGGGUCUUUACCAUCUCUUUCCAUGGAGCACUGUUGUUGAUUGUAAAUCAUGCCUGGAGAGAGUUGUCGGCACCAUCACCUCACCCCAUCCUAUCUUUAUUUGGUCCUGAUCAGAGUUCAUUGUAAUUUCUGUGAGAUUUGUUUUUGUUUCUUCUCUCAAAAUGUACCAUGUAGAUGUCAUGUUAAAUUGGUUAAAAAAAAGGAAACGCUAA